UUGCUGUCCUCAGGUUCUCCAAGAGCCCAAGGCAGCUUAAGCAUUUAGCUACCUCUCCUCCUUCUCCAACACCACAGCUUCCCUCGCUCUCCAUUGACUGCUCAGUGCAUCUCUUCCAUUGAGCAAGAGGAGAAGCUAGGGAGUUGCUGGUUUCGGAUCUAGCUUAGCUUAAUUACUCUAUCAUUUUACUUGAAGAACAGAUCUUGAGAGAGAGGAGAUGGCUUUCUUGAACAUGGAACAGCACACUUGGGCCUUCACCUUUGGUAUCUUAGGGAACAUAAUCUCACUCAUGGUAUUCCUUUCACCACUCCCGACGUUCUACCGCGUGUACCGUAAGAAGUCGACGGAGGGGUUCCAGUCGACGCCGUACGUGGUGACGCUCUUCAGCUGCCUGCUGUGGAUGUACUACGCCUUCCUCAAGUCGGGCGCCGAGCUUCUCCUCACCAUCAACGGCGUCGGCUGCGGCAUCGAGACCCUCUACAUCGCCAUGUACCUGAUCUACGCCCCCAAGAGCGCCAGGCUCCUCACGGCCAAGCUCUUCCUAGGCCUCGACGUCGGUCUCUUUGGCCUCAUCGCACUCGUCACCAUGCUCGUGUCCGCAGGCACCCUCCGUGUCCAGAUCGUCGGCUGGAUCUGUGUCGCCGUCGCCCUCGGCGUCUUCGCCGCUCCCUUGAGCAUCAUCAGGCUCGUGAUCCGGACCAAGAGCGUGGAGUUCAUGCCCAUCUCGCUGUCCUUCUUCCUGGUGCUGAGCGCGGUCAUCUGGUUCGCCUACGGGCUGCUGAAGAAGGACGUGUUCGUGGCGGUGCCCAACGUGCUGGGCUUCGUGUUCGGGGUGGCGCAGAUGGCGCUCUACAUGGCGUACCGGAACAAGAGCCCCGCCAUAACGGUGGUGCAUCAGGAGAUGAAGCUGCCAGAGCACGUCAAAGAAGUGACCACCAACACUAAGCUGGGCGGCGCACCGACCGAGGGCAGGAUCAGCUGCGGGGCAGAGGUGCACCCCAUCGACGUGAUGCCGACUUCGGCGGCCGCGGGGGCGGACGAGCAAGCCAUUAAUGUCGAAGAAGCGGCGGCCGGCCGUGAUGACCACAACAUGCUGAGGCCGGAGCAGGUGAUCAAGCCUGACAUGGCCAUUGUUGUCGAGGUGUAGGUCUAGCUUAGUUUAGUGAUCAGCAGUACCGUGUUAUUUAAUUCUCAUGUGAAGUAGCUAGCUAGCGCAGCUGGCGAUCGAGUGCAUGCGUGCAGUGGUGUGUGGUACACAUACACACAUGCACUCGUACUAGGCCCUUUUGGCGUGGCAGCUGGCCAAAAGAUCUAUUGCGACUGCUUGGAUCCGCGACUCGGCUGCCUCUGCCUGCGUGCAUUGCAUAUUUUGCAUUGCAUGCAAAGAUGGAGCUAGCCCGACCGAGUGCAUGCCAUGCCAUGCCGGCCAUGUGGACCUAGCUAGCUGCGCGAGAUCGAUCAUCUCACUGUGUGAGAGCUAGUGUGAGUGAGAGUGAGAGGUGGCCUGGCCGGCCUAGCUAGUCAGCUGCCUGCAGCUCUCAGCAUCUCACAUGCUGCACAGCUUUGUGUAAUCGAGUUUAUCAGUCUGUGUCACAUUGGUUUUCCUCCUGUACGUUUCGUGUCAUUAAUCCAUGCAGUCGCAUCAAUAAAUUUGGAUUAUUGAUCCA